GCGGCUCGAGUGCUCCUCUCCCAUCCGCCUCUCACGGUACUGUCCGCCCGAAGGUUACACUCUCUCGCCUCCGCCCUGACAGUAUGUCGUUUUACCACAAUAUUACCAUCAAAAUGGUCGCUUUUGACGUGGUUUUUGUCGUCAGCUCCUAACCUUAGGCCCAGGGACGAAAAGAAGACGCGUAUGCGUCGAAACAACCGCUCUCUUUAGACGCUUUAUCCCGUGUUGGACGGGACAGCUGAGCACCGACUGAAGAUGCUGCCCAGCCUGCGCGGAGUCCUGCGGCCCGUCCGCCACAUGAGAGCCGGGAGCGGGCCCCUCCGAGCCGGACUGCUUAGCCAGCAAGCUCCCUCCUCCCUGCCCAGCCCGUGUCUGUACCGGCAUCUGGGCACACACCCGCUGAAGGAACCCGUGGAGCCCCUCAACUCUCCCCGCGGGGCCAAGGAGUUUAUUUACAGCCUCCAUCCGACGGAGCGCACCUGCCUGCUGCGGGAGCUGCACAAGUUCGAGUCCAUUGCCAUCGCUCAAGGGCAGAUCGAGGUUGCGCCACCUACUGCUGCACAAUUAAGAUAUGUUCUACUACACAAUGCACUCCCUUUUGUUGGAUUUGGAUUCCUUGACAACUGCAUCAUGAUUGUUGCCGGCACACAGAUUGAGUUGUCCAUUGGCGUUAUCCUUGGCAUUUCUACUAUGGCAGCUGCUGCUCUCGGCAACUUGGUGUCUGAUCUGGCAGGACUCGGGCUGGCAGGUUAUGUUGAGGCUUUAGCAUCUCGUAUGGGCAUGCAGAUUCCUGACCUGAGUCCGAAGCAGGCGGACAUGUGGCAGACCAGAGUCAGCUCUCACUCGGGCAAAGCCAUCGGCGUGGGCAUCGGCUGCAUCCUGGGCAUGUUCCCUCUUCUCUUUUUCAAAGACGAUGAGAAGAAAAAAGAGGGACAGAAAGCCAGCAAACAGGCCAAGGCUCAAGAAGAAGCUGCAACAAUGGCGGACAGCAAGAAGUGACAACAUGUCAAACUCUUUCUUUCUGGCAGGAUACUCCUUGGACCAACAUGUCCUUCAACCCCCAAAUUGUUAAGAAGACUUCAAUAUUAGUGCAGCACAUGGACGUCUCCUGAAGACUCAUCAUCAUCAUCCUCAUCAGCCUGCUGCUAUCCACUAAACUGUGACCUUGGUCUUCACUUCCUGGGACUGACAGGUUCUGAUCUCACCACAGGAACACUAAGUAGAGUUAAGACCGGCAGGCUCUCUUAUUUUAGACUGAAAUGAAGCUGGAUUGUGUUCAUGUGUGUGUAGUCACUCUGCAUGCUGACUCACUAACAGGCUGAGGUUUGCAUUAAGCACAUUUAAGUCAACUAUUCAAUCAACACUUUUUUUUUGUUUUGUGUUAACUUGCAGUAGAAUCACUAAAACACAUAAGCAGCUCAUAAUCAGUAUUUUGUUUGUCUCAGGCUCAGUACUCACAUUAAUAUUAUAUUGAUAUCUGACAUAAAUCUUCAUGAUGUAGCAGCUUUGAAUCAGUCAGCACAAAACACAUUGGGGCUCUACUGCCCUCUACUGGUUGACAGUCACACUGCACCCACAUCUCUGAUACCGCAAGUGCAAACAAACAAGAUCCAAUAAAUGACUGCCUUGAGUCUGACUAAAUAUUCAUGCUGACUUUAAGUGAGUUAAACACGAUAAUAAUAUGAUGUCGUUUUCAGUGGUAAACAAAAUAUUACAAUAUCUUUGACUGUUAAUCAUAUCUGAGUUUGAUGUUGAUAUCACAUUGUGGAAGUGUUCAAUAUUUAUGUUCUCUUAUUUAUAUAUAUAUAUAUAUAUAUAUAUAUAUAUAUAUAUAUAUAUAUAUAUAUAUAUAUAUAUAUAUAUAUAUAUGUCAUGCAGCCAAACAGAUUUAAGCCUUUUAUCUUGUUUAAUGGUAUUUAGCGUUUAAAAAAAAAAAAAAAUCCUUCAAGUUUUGCUUGUAAUGUGUUUAUUUCUUUAAUAAGAGCUACAACUUGCUUAGCUUCAUGGUUCUGAUUAUGUUCAAUGUUAUUUUUGAUGACCCUUAAAGAAAGGAAGUUUGACUUGUUGGAUGUUGUGUGUCGGCCCCCACAGUGCAUGUGUUACUAUUGUUGUGUUUAUUUAUUUAGCUCUGACCUUCAUAGAUGAUAUAACUGGAAUAAUCUAAUUAAUUAUGCAGCAUUCUUACUUGGCUAAAUAUUACACCUUAAUGUGAUGAAAUGGAUUUCACAAAGCACAAGAAAUUACGAAUGAUGAGAAAUUGUCAAUUUAACAAACAUGGACGAAGAUCCUGAGUUCAAUCCCGGGCUCGGGAUCUUUCUGUGUGGAGUUUGCAUCCCUCCCCGUGACUGCGUGGGUUCCCUCCGGGUACUCCGGCUUCCUCCCACUUCCAAAAACAUGCACCUGGGGAUAGGUUGAUUGGCAACACUAAAUUGGCCCUAGUGUGUGAAUGUGAGUGUGAAUGUUGUCUGUCUAUCUGUGUUGGCCCUGCGAUGAGGUGGUGACUUGUCCGGGGUGUACCCCGCCUUCUGCCCGAAUGCAGCUGAGAUAGGCUCCAGCACCCCCCGCAACCCUGAAAGGGACAAGCAUUAGAAAAUGGAUGGAUGUUGAACUGUCAAAAUCCCUUAAAGUCAAAUGAGCUUGAAUCUUUUGCACAAAUAUUUCAAUGUUGACUUGCUGUCAUGUUAUUUUAGAAAAGUUUUAGUUGACUUGAAGUAUGAUGACAACUGUAGUCUGUAUCUUGUUGUCAUGACGACUGUUACUUUGAAGGAGAUUUGGGAAAUGCAUGAACACGACUGAUUUUGUUUUGUUUUGCAAAGUGGUUGCAAUAAACCGCAUGCUAAUUGAAGCAUGUGUUCUGUAUGACAGAACUCAUAUUGACUUGUAGAGGAAAUAUUGUUUUUGUUCUUGCAUAUUAUCUGCUUUUAUUAAACACUCAUCAAAGGUCA